CAGGUGUUUCCUAUUAUUCAACUGCCAUAAACCUAAAGUUCUUUUGAAAAAUGAGCCUAACCUUUAUUGAACACAAGAUGAAAUUGUGGUUGCUGGUCAGUCACCUUGUGAUGAUAUCUUUUACAACCUGUCUAGCAGAGUUCACAUGGCACAGAAGGUUUUAUGGUCAUGGAGUUUCUGAGGAAGACAAAGGAUUUGGACCAAUUUUUGAAGAGCAACCCGUCAAUACUGUUUAUCCAGAGGAAUCACCGGAAGGAAAAGUUUCACUAAACUGUAGGGCACGAGCCAGCCCUUUCCCAGUUUACAAAUGGAGAAUGAAUAAUGGGGAUAUUGAUCUGACAAGUGAUCGGUACAGUAUGGUAGGAGGAAACCUCGUCAUCAACAACCCUGACAAGCAGAAAGAUGCUGGAAUAUACUACUGUUUAGCAUCAAAUAACUAUGGGAUGGUGAGGAGCACCGAAGCCACCUUAAGUUUUGGAUAUCUUGAUCCUUUCCCACCCGAGGAACGUCCUGAGGUCAGAGUUAAAGAGGGAAAAGGAAUGGUGCUUCUCUGUGAUCCUCCAUACCAUUUUCCAGAUGAUCUUAGCUACCGCUGGCUUCUAAAUGAGUUUCCUGUAUUUAUCACAAUGGAUAAACGAAGAUUUGUGUCGCAGACCAAUGGCAAUCUCUACAUUGCAAAUGUGGAGGCAUCCGACAAAGGAAAUUACUCAUGCUUUGUAUCCAGUCCUUCUAUUACGAAGAGUGUGUUCAGCAAGUUUAUACCACUCAUUCCACUACCUGAACGAACAACAAAGCCAUAUCCUGCUGAUAUUGUAGUUCAGUUCAAGGACGUAUAUGCAUUGAUGGGCCAAAAUGUGACUUUAGAGUGUUUUGCUCUUGGAAAUCCUGUUCCUGAUAUCCGGUGGCGGAAGGUCCUAGAACCAAUGCCAAGCACUGCUGAGAUCAGUACUUCUGGGGCUGUCCUCAAGAUCUUCAAUAUACAGUUGGAAGAUGAAGGCACAUAUGAAUGUGAAGCUGAGAACAUCAGAGGAAAGGAUAAAUACAAGGGAAGAAUUUAUGUUCAAGCAUAUCCUGAGUGGGUAGAACAUAUCAAUGACACAGAGGUGGAUAUAGGCAGUGAUCUCUACUGGCCUUGUGUGGCCACAGGCAAGCCCAUUCCUACAAUCAGAUGGCUGAAAAAUGGAUAUGCGUAUCAUAAAGGAGAAUUGAGACUAUAUGAUGUGACUUUUGAAAAUGCCGGAAUGUACCAGUGCAUAGCUGAAAACACACAUGGUGCCAUUUAUGCAAAUGCUGAGCUGAAGAUCUUGGCUCUGGCUCCUACUUUUGAAAUGAAUCCUAUGAAGAAAAAGAUCUUGGCUGCUAAAGGAGGAAGGGUUAUAAUUGAAUGCAAACCUAAAGCUGCACCUAAACCAAAAUUUUCAUGGAGUAAAGGGACAGAGUGGCUUGUCAAUAGUAGCAAAGUACUCAUUUGGGAAGAUGGUAGCUUGGAAAUCAAUAACAUUACAAGGAACGAUGGAGGUAUCUACACAUGCUUUGCAGAAAAUAAUCGAGGGAAAGCUAAUAGCACUGGGACUCUUGUUAUCACAAAUCCCACACGAAUUAUAUUGGCUCCAAUUAACGCUGAUAUCACUGUUGGAGAAAAUGCUACCAUGCAGUGUGCUGCUGCGGCCGAUCCCGCUCUGGAUCUCACAUUUGUUUGGUCCUUCAAUGGCUAUGUGAUUGAUUUUAACAAAGAGAAUAUACAUUACCAGCGGAAUUUUAUGCUAGAUUCCAAUGGGGAACUGCUCAUCCGAAAUGCCCAGCUGAAACAUGCUGGAAGAUACACUUGCACCGCUCAGACAAUUGUGGACAAUUCUUCAGCUUCAGCUGACCUCGUUGUGCGAGGCCCUCCAGGCCCUCCAGGUGGUCUGAGAAUAGAAGAUGUUAGAGCCACUUCUGUGGCACUUACUUGGAGCUGUGGUUCAGACAAUCAUAGCCCUAUCUCUAAAUACACUAUCCAGACCAAGACUAUUUUUUCAGAUGACUGGAAGGAUGCAAAGACAGAUCCUCCAAUUAUUGAAGGAAACAUGGAGGCAGCAAGAGCAGUGGAUUUAAUCCCAUGGAUGGAGUAUGAAUUUCGUGUGGUAGCAACCAAUACCUUGGGUAUAGGAGAGCCCAGUAUACCAUCAAACAGGAUUAAAACAGAUGGUGCUGCACCUAAUGUGGCUCCUUCGGAUGUAGGAGGGGGAGGUGGAAGCAAUAGAGAGCUGACCAUCACAUGGGCGCCUUUGUCAAGAGAAUACCAUUACGGCAACAAUUUUGGUUACAUAGUGGCAUUUAAGCCAUUUGAUGGGGAAGAAUGGAAAAAAGUUACAGUUACUAAUCCAGAUAUUGGUCGAUACGUCCAUAAAGAUGAGACCAUGCGCCCGUCCACUGCAUUUCAAGUGAAAGUUAAGGCCUUCAACAACAAAGGUGAUGGACCAUACAGCCUUACAGCGGUCAUUAAUUCAGCGCAAGAUGCUCCCAGUGAAGCCCCUACAGAAGUAGGCGUAAAAGUCUUAUCAUCUUCUGAGAUAUCUGUUCAUUGGGAGCAUGUUGUAGAAAAAGUAGUGGAAGGCUAUCAGAUUCGGUACUGGGCUGCCCAUGACAAAGAAGCAGCUGCACACAGAGUUCAAGUCACCAGCCAAGAGUACUCAACCAGGCUAGAGAACCUGGUGCCAGACACCCAGUACUUUGUGGAGGUCAGGGCCUGCAACAGUGCAGGGUGUGGUCCACCCAGUGACGUGAUUGAAACCUUCACCAAGAAAGCACCUCCUAGCCAGCCUCCAAGAAUCAUCAGUUCAGUAAGGUCUGGUUCACGCUACAUAAUCACCUGGGAUCAUGUCGUUGCACUAUCAAAUGAAUCAACAGUGACAGGAUAUAAGGUACUCUAUAGACCUGAUGGCCAACAUGAUGGCAAGCUGUAUUCAACUCAUAAACACUCGAUAGAAGUCCCAAUCCCCAGGGAUGGAGAGUAUGUUGUAGAGGUUCGCGCACACAGUGAUGGAGGAGAUGGAGUGGUGUCUCAAGUCAAAAUUUCAGGUGCAUCCACCCUGUCACCGAGUCUCCUUGGCUUACUGCUGCCUGCCCUUGGCAUCCUUGUCUACUUGGAAUUCUGAACGUGUGUGACCGCUGUCGUUCCCAGCCCAGCUCAGUGGGCACUCAUCAUCCCUGUGAGGAUUACAAUUCCUUCCAAUUCCUGCGGCUCCAUCCUAGUCAAAUAAAUUAGACUUUCAGAAACUAUCCAGCUGAUUUACAACACGUUUUGACUGAGGCAUUCAGGAACCCCUUCUUCCAAAAGAAUAAACUUUUCUUUAAAUGGAUAUAAAAAUGAUUUUUAACUCGUUCCAAUAUGCCUUAUAAACCACUUCACUUGAUUCUGUGACAGUUGCAUGAUUUAAUCCAAUGGGACAAGUUACAGUGUUCAAUUCAAUACUAUAGGCUGUAGAGUGAAAAUAAAAUCACCAUACACAGGUGCUUCAAAUUUAAUAACAAGUAGUGAAAUAUAAUAGAGGUUGAAAUGUUGAUUGUAUGUGGUAAAUGUAAGAGUAAUUCACUCUCUUGUACUAUCCUCUGUUUUGGGUCCUGCAUAUUUUUGAAUGGCCCCUAUCAUUCAUUACAUUUUGAGUUUUCUUAAAAAAAAGUAUAACAUACAUUUUGAUGUAAAUCCUAUUACCAAAUCAUUUUACUGAAUGAGUUGAAAAGUUUUUAAUAUUGAAAACCAAAUUCUAGAUUUAUUAUCAGUAUUCUUAUUUUCAAAGUAAAUAAUUUUUUUAAAUAUUUGAUUUUCAUAGACAGUAAUACAUUUCUGUUCUUUAACAUAUAGAGUUUUUUUUUUACUUGUGUAUUCUACUGUGAAGUUAUUUUAUGCUUUUCUUAUCAUUAAUUUCAAACAUAAGAAAUCACAGUUCUUAAUUACAGUGUCAUCAUAUCACUUGUUUUUAUUCAUAUGUGGAUGAAUUCUGGAAAGUAGAGUGCUUCCAAGUUUUUUUGUAGAGAUGUGACUGUCUUUACACAGCUAAGACUAAUGACAGUUAAGUAAAUAUCAGAAUUACCUAAUAAUAUUCUAAUAUCUUUGUUUUUGUGCUUCAUUCCUAAGUAUAAUCUUUUUUUUCUUUUUCUUUUUUUAACUGAAGGUGUGGAAUCAAGAAAUCAUCUGUAGGUUGAAAAGCUACAGUAUUCCUAAUUUUUUAAAUUUUAGUCUUAAACAUUUCCAGUUUCAAUGCAAUACUGAAAACUGUCUAAAAAUACCAAAUCAAUAUGUUGCCAAUGGUUCUUUGAAGAGUAUGCAAAACUGGGAGGUAUGCAAAACUUGAAGACCAGGGGAGACAAAUAAUGUGCUGAGCUGAUGCUGUCACCCAAGUGUUUGUGCUUUGGAUUUUUAUAAAUUGUGAAAAGGAAGACACACAUUUCUUCAUUCUCCAUGGAAUGCAUGGAAAUGUAUUUGAGUGUGGAUGUGAAAGAAAUUGAGUAAUAAAAGAUUAGCUGGCUUGUGAAAUAAUGCAAUGAUGCUUCAAGAGGUAUAAUCCUAUUUUAUUAGCACAACCUUGCUAGCUAAUCAGAGAUAGAGUUUAUCUUUUUAGAAAGGAUACCUUAUAGGUUCAUAAAAAAAUAUUUACAGGAAGCAAAACAUAUCUAUUACUACUUUACCCCCCUUUCUUUAAUUUGUAUAAUUUUUGUACUAUAUAUCUAUGUGUAAAUGUUUAGAGCUUUCAUUGUUAAAAUAUCAAUAAAUAUUUCAUUAGUUUACAUUUAACUCUCUGUUAUGAAAUGAAACUUUUUAAAAAAUGAAAUGGAUGAUUUCCCAGUGGAAGUAUGUCAACAGUCUUGAGAUCAUUAUUUCAUAAAAUAGUUGUUAAUUAUUUGGAAAAGAAACAAAAUGUAUUCACACCUUAGGGAAAUGAAUAUUCUGUAAUCCUUCUGUAUAAAUGUUUGUGUUUUCAUUGUUAUACUUGGAGAUUUUUUUUUUUUUUUUUGCAGUGUGACCCAUGUUGGGCAUUUUUAUAUGAUCAACAACAACUAAAUAUUUUUUUUUUCUAAAUGCAUGCUUGCCUUUUAUUUUCUAAUAUAUGGUAAUAAAGAGCAAAACUGGUUAGAUUUUGCAUGAAAUGGUUCUGGAAGGUAAAAAGAAAACAGACUUUGGAGGUUGUUUAAUUUUAAAUUUGUGGCAAAUAUAAAGUAGAUUAAAAUCACUCAUAUACUGAUAAGCUUUUCAUUUCCUCCUGUAAUUGUACAAAUUUGACUGGGACCAUCAGUUUUAAACUGUUGUCAAACUAACUAAUGUAUCAUCUGCUUUAAGACGCAAGAUUCUUAAUUAAACUUUAUAUAGUUAUAGAGACAUCUGUUUCUUUGUAUUUGAAGAAAGGUGAUAGUAGUUUUAUUUGAUACUGAUGAAUAUUUUUAGUUAUUUUUUAUCUUUUUUUCAAUGGAGUAGUAUAGAACUGUGCUUUGUCCUUUUUAUGAAUGACAAAAAAUUAUAAUGAAAUAAAUGUAUUACUGUUACCCAAGAAAUAACAACUAUCCUUUCAAUUU